AAAAGAAGAAAAACCGAGUAGCUUUCUUUGCAAGGUUAUGGAUUCGGCCACCUCCUCCUGUCUGUCGCCGUACGCCGGAGGUCGCCGAUCGGAUGGUCAACAGCUGAUUGUUGGCGUGAUCCAGUUGCCGGAACUCUAGAGCAGUCCUGCCGUCCUCCCCUCCCUCGCCCUCUGUUCCUCUGUCUUCUCCUUUUUAAGGAAAAUUCUUCAUCCGGGUUCCAGCGACUCUGCCUUGCGACUGCCGGCGCGGGAUCGGAGAUAUGUACGCGCAUCCUCCGCCUGUUCCUGAGAGGGAUGGCAGUGGCGCUGAUGCGAGCCACGCGCCGAGGGUUUACGAGGUCUGGAAAGGCAGCAACGUAUUUUGUCUUAAUGGGAUGUUCAUCUUCGGACCCGAUGCAAGAUCUAUAUUCUUAACCAUAUUCCUCAUUGCUGCUCCUGUGGCUAUUUUCUGUGUUUUUGUUGCAAGACAUUUAAUGGAUGAUUUUAAAGGCCAUUGGGGAAUAUCGAUAAUGGUGGCAGCUGUUGUAUUCACAUUAUAUAUUUUUUGUCUUCUCCUUCUUACUUCUAGCAGAGAUCCUGGCAUAAUACCUCGUAACACUCACCCUCCAGAACCAGAAGUCUUGGAUACCAAUGUUGAUGUUGGAGCUGGUCUGACGCCACAAUCACGCUUACCUCGUUUUAAGGAUGUGGUUGUAAAUGGAAUCAUUGUAAAGGUGAAGUACUGUGAUACCUGUAUGCUGUAUCGGCCUCCUCGCUGCUCCCACUGUUCAAUCUGCAAUAAUUGUGUGGAACGUUUCGACCACCAUUGCCCUUGGGUUGGUCAAUGCAUUGGGCUGAGAAACUACAGGUUUUUCUUCAUGUUCGUUUUCUCAACAACCAUGCUAUGCAUAUAUGUCUUUGGAUUUUGCUGCGUCUACAUUAAGAGGAUCAUGGAUGUUGAGGAGACUAAUGUUUGGAGGGCAAUAGCUAAAACACCUGCUUCAAUUGUGUUGAUUGUCUAUGCUUUUGUAGCUGUGUGGUUUGUUGGUGGCCUUAGCGUUUUCCAUUUGUAUCUUAUUGGCACAAACCAGACUACUUACGAAAACUUUAGAGCUCGAUAUGAUGCGCGAGCUAAUCCUUACAAUAGAGGGUUGGUGGAGAAUUACAAGGAAGUCUUCUUCUCGAAAAUACCUCCUUCUAAGAACAAAUUUAGAGCAAGGGUGCAUUUGGAAACAGGUUUACGGUCGGGGUCAGCUGAACCAGGUUUCAUUAGUCCCAACAUGGGGAAGUCUGUUGGUGACAUUGAGAUGGGUGGCAAGACUGUGUGGGAUGAUGUUGGUGGAGGGAUCGCUGAUAUUGAAAGGAGGUAUGGAACCGAUGGUCUGCAGAGCAAGGAUGCUGUUGGUGACAUGUCAUCUCCUGAAUUUGGGCGAGCUGCACUUCCAGCAGAAGGCCUUGAUGGACGGUUAGCAAUCCAUCCGAGACGUUCUAGCUGGGGACGAAAGAGUGGUAGUUGGGAGAUAUCACCUGACGUCUUAGCUUUGGCAUCCAGGGUUAGUGAGUCAAACCGAUCAAACCGUUCUUCUGCAGGGUUAUAGAAAACGACCGUGCUGAUUAUUGAUUAUUCACUGGCCCAAUGCUUUCUUGGGCUUGAUGAGGUUACUGGUGAUGUUUUUACGUGUCUAUCUUGGUUGCUUACAAGGUUGGACUAGGAUCUUGUAAUGUCCAAAUGGUGACACCACAUCUUCAACUGUUUUGAAUGUUAUUGUACAUCAAUAUCUGAGUUCUAGUGUGGUCAAUCUGUGGAAUGUUGUUAUAUUUGCUGAUUUUUCUAAUAUAUAUUUUCGGUUUCUGAGUGCUGCUCUA